CACACACACAUACACACACACAUGCACGCACACACACACACACAUCCAGGAGGAGAGGGGAGCGCCAACAGACUGCCAGCUCCCUCAGGUCCGCUGAUGGAAGCUAAACAUCCGUCUGUCACAACACAUCUCCAUCGCUGUUUUCCCUCAUUUUUUGUCUUAAGGAAAGACAACAACAACAACAUCGCGUCAAAAGGGGGAAAAAAAGCUUCAAAAGUCACUCUUUGCCCAAAUGACUGACCGCUGUUGGCGCUGUUAAACUUGUAAAAAAAAAAUGGAUUUAAAGGCGCGCUGGUAGUACAAUUAACGUCAUAAUUGACACCUUACAAGACGAGAAAGACGUCCACUGUUGAUUCCUUCGCCCCGAGCAGCACCACAGACUCUCAAUGAAGGAGCCUGACGCAAUCAGCUCUUCAUUGGGCAAAUACCCCGAAACCUUGAGGAAAAAGACCUCAAGCCCAUUUUUGAGCAAUUCGGCAAGAUUUACGAGUUGACGGUGAUAAAGGACAAAUACACGGGGAUGCACAAAGGAUGUGCCUUCCUGACAUACUGUGCACGUGAGUCAGCCCUCAAAGCCCAGAAUGCAUUGCACGAGCAGAAGACACUGCCCGGGAUGAACCGUCCCAUCCAGGUGAAGCCAGCAGACAGCGAGAGCAGAGGGGAAGACAGGAAGCUCUUUGUGGGCAUGCUGGGAAAGCAGCAGACCGACCCCGACGUGAGAAAGAUGUUCGAACCCUUCGGCAGCAUCGAGGAGUGCACAGUGCUCCGCGGACCGGAUGGCACCAGCAAAGGGUGUGCAUUUGUUAAGUUCCAGUGCAACGCCGAGGCCCAGGCUGCUAUCAACGCUCUCCAUGGAAGCCGCACUCUACCGGGAGCCUCAUCCAGUCUGGUUGUGAAGUUUGCCGAUUCGGAGAAGGAGCGGGGGCUUCGGCGGAUGCAGCAGGUGGCCUCUCAGCUGGGAGUCAUCAGUCCCAUGACCCUGCACCUCGGAGCCUACAACGCCUACACGCAAGCUUUGAUGCAACAGCAGGCGCUAGUGGCCCAAUCAGCUUACCUCUCUCCUGUUGCCACGGUGGCGGCCGUUCAGAUGCAACAGCUGGCUGCCCUCAACCCCAGCAGCCUAAUUGCCAUGCCGAUCGCAUCCAUCACCCCCUCUUCAGGUACAAGCACUCCGCCCUCCAUGGCAGCCACGCCGGUUCCUGCCCUGCCUCCACCAAUUGCAUUGAGCAGCUACCCCUCAGUGCCAGCGCCACCUAACGGCCAAUCAGCAAGCGAGACCCUGUACACCAACGGGGUCCAUGCCUAUCAAGCUCAGAGUCCUGUCCUGGACCCCCUGCAGCAAGCUUACACAGGCAUGCAGCACUACACAGCUACCUAUCCUGCCGCCUACAGCCUGGUGGGGCAGCCGUUCCCUCAUCAGCCCACUCUGGUAGCUCAGCAGCCCCAGCAGCCACAGCAGCUACAACAGCGUGAAGGUCCUGAAGGAUGCAACAUUUUCAUCUACCACCUUCCUCAGGAGUUCACUGACUCUGAAAUCCUGCAGAUGUUCUUGCCCUUCGGAAACGUCAUCUCAGCCAAGGUCUUUGUUGACCGCGCCACCAACCAAAGCAAAUGCUUCGGUUUUGUGAGUUUUGACAACCCGUCUAGCGCUCAAACUGCCAUCCAGGCCAUGAACGGCUUCCAGAUCGGCAUGAAGAGACUGAAGGUGCAGCUGAAGCGGCCGAAGGACGCCAACAGACCUUACUGAAGGAGAAGAAUUUAGGAGUUCAAUCAAGAGAAAAAAAAACCACCUCGGGGGAUGUCCCGGCCUUGUUUGGUUGUUUGACCAACCAUGUUAGCACAGGAGCGUCGCCGCACAAAAAGCAGCGUCACGUGCUAAACGCUUUCCUCGAGCAGCAGCCAAACGCAGUAACGUUAUCAUCAAAAAGCAUACCGAGCGGCUGGAUGAGUUCCUAAUCAUUCCACAGCGGGAUACAUUCAUACGAUGUACAUAUUCUAGUGUCAGUGUUCUACAUGUUAAAAGAAAAACCACAUCACUGGUGAGAUGUGAUACUGAACAGGGUUCUACUGUAUAGUGAUUUGUGUCAGAAGGGGAAUGGAAAUAUAUUCUGUGUGACCUCAACUGGUCAUUUUGUUAUGUAGUUAGUUUGAUUUUUAUGAUGGGAUUUUAAAACAGAAAGACGCUUGAGUAGAUUCUGCUGUACAAAAAAAAAAAAAUACUACUUUUCAAAUUCACAAAGUGGAAGGAAGGGCUGGGAUAUUUUAUAUCUUUUAUGUUGUAUGCUUAAUUUGUUUAGUAAUCAAUUUGAUGAGAAGUACCGGUAUGUGCAUUUUUUUUUUUUUUUUUUAAACUAAUUUAAGAAAAGAAGAUAAUGGAUUCCUUCAAGACAAUGAAUAUACUUAUUAUAGAGUUUUUAAUGACAUAAAUUUAAGGACAUGUUUCUUUAUUUAUUCUCUACAAUCGCUGUUUUAAAACAAUAAAGUACAAUUUAGAAGAAAACGUUGUGGUUUGAAUG